AGUUCCUCGAUCGGGAGGCAGUUAAAGUCCUCGCGCUGACACUUCCGCGAACAUGGCGGCAAGUGCGCGGAGAGCGGCUUUAAUCGCGAUUUGGAGCAGCCGUCUGCGUCGUGGCCUCGCCGAGGGCCGGCAGGCGCUUCCCCGGCCAGGCCCUGUGGCUGUGGCUGUAGCGGGGGCAGCGGUGGCAGGAGUAGGGGCUGUCUGGUACAAGGGACGCCUGGACCUCCGAGCGGGCGAUCGCCUGACAGUCUUUGCGCAGAAAAAUGACAGUGAUAUAGUGGCAGAAAAAUUGCCCAUUCGAAAGCAGCGCUUCAUGCAAUUUUCUUCACUGGAAUAUGAAGGAGAAUAUUAUAUGACACCCCGAGAUUUCUUAUAUUCAGUAAUGUUUGAUCAUAUAGAGCAUAAAGCCUCAAUUAAGCAACUAACAAAACAGGCUAUAAAUGAUGCACUGGAUGCAGUAAAAAAGAAUAAAAGUGGACCAACCUUUUUUAGAGAUCUUGGUAAUAAAGGUAAUGUUUCAUAUAUGGAAUAUCUGUUUUUGCUAACAGUUAUCACCAAACCCCACACUGGGUUUCAUGUUGCUUUUAAGAUGCUGGAUAUAGAUGGAGAUGAGACUGUUGAUAAAAAGGAAUUCUUUAAGCUUCAGAAGAUUAUUAGUAAACAAGACCUGAGGGGAGCUACAAGUCCUAAAACAGUGUACCAGGAGCCAGAAGAGGAAGAUUCUGGAAUUAAUACCACUCUUCAGGUGUAUUUCUUUGGAAAGGAAGGAAAAAAGAAACUUCAUUAUAAAGAAUUUCGAAGAUUUAUGGAAGAUCUGCAAACAGAGGUACAAGAAAUGGAAUUCCUACAGUUUUCAAAAGGUUUGAACCACAUGAGGAAAGAAGACUUUGCAGAAUGGUUACUCUUUUUCACAGACACUGGGGACAAAGAUGUUUACUGGCAAAAUGUGAGAGAGAGGUUGUCAGCAGGAGAGAAUAUUAGUUUGGAAGAAUUCAAGUCAUUUUGCAAGUUUACAACCCACUUGGAAGACUUCUCAAUCACAAUGGAAAUGUUUAGUUUAGCUCAUCAUCCUGUCAAACUAGCGGAGUUUAAGAGAGCUGUGAAAGUGGCAACAGGCCAGGAGCUCUCAGACAAUAUUUUGGACACCGUCUUCAAGAUCUUUGAUUUAGAUGGAGAUGAUUGCCUUAGCCAUGGAGAGUUUCUUGGGGUCUUAAAGAACAGGAUGCAUCGAGGCUUAUUGGAACCACAGCAGCCAGGCAUGCAAGAAUACUGGAAAUGUGUGAAAAGAGAAAGCAUGAAAGCACUAAAAGAAGUCUGGAAACAAGCUGGAAAAAACUAUUUUUAAAAACAAAAAAACAAAGGUAGUGGGAAUUCCAGUGUUUCAGAUAGCCAGAUAUUAAAUUUUUAAGUGCCUGAUAUUUAUGUUUUUCUUAAGUCCUAUUCAUUAAUGUAUUGGUAAGAGAACUUGCUUCCCAAUUAUAUAAUUUUAUAAGACUAAUCAAGUUUCAUGAAGAAAAUCUUUUUUUUCUUUUACUAGGAAAUCAUAGAAGUUUACAAAAAUGGAUUUUAGACUUGUUAAAUUCUAAUCUAAGAUUAAACUAUGUUUUCUAUUCUCAGGCUUAAGAACAUGAUAUUUGUACUGGCCUCUAAUUUUGUUGAUAACAAUAGUAUAAUUGGGUGAUUGGAAGCAAGAGAAGUACCUGUGGACAUAAAUAUAUGUUUACUAUCACACUCCAAAAACACACAAUCCAGAAUUUAAAAAUUGAGUCAGAAACUCAGUACAAGUUUUCUAGUCUCUAUCUUAGGAAUUUCCUGUAUUUUUAAUUGCUGUUGUGGGUCUGAAUAUGAGUUAUCUUAAUACGUGAUAAAAAAAAUCAGUAUUUGAAUUAGAAUUAUAAUAAAAUAUUUAUCAAAAAUUGUGAA